UGAUUGCUUCGGUCGUGUCCGCGUCUCUCAUUCUCUCAGUUUACUUCAGGCCUCAUCUUCGGAGAUGGCUUUCGCAAAAGCUCAAAAGACGAAAGCGUACUUCAAACGCUACCAGGUCAAAUACAAGAGAAGAAGAGAGGGCAAGACCGAUUAUCGGGCCAGGAUUCGCCUCAUUAAUCAAGACAAGAACAAGUACAAUACUCCCAAAUACCGCUUUGUGAUUAGAUUUACUAACAAGGAUAUUACCGCACAAGUAGUAUCUUCUAGCAUUGCUGGUGACAUGGUUCUUGCCGCCGCUUAUUCUCAUGAGUUGCCUCAUUAUGGUCUUGAUGUUGGUCUAACAAAUUAUGCAGCAGCCUAUUGUACUGGGCUUCUCUUGGCUCGCCGUGUCUUGAAGAAGCUCGAGAUGGAUGAUGAGUACGUGGGUAAUCUUGAGGUUUCUGGAGAGGAUUUCUCUGUGGAACCUACAGAUAGCCGAAGGCCUUUCAGAGCCCUCCUUGAUGUUGGUCUUGUCCGAACAACAACAGGAAAUCGUGUUUUUGGUGCCCUCAAGGGAGCUUUAGAUGGUGGAUUGGAUGUUCCACACAGUGUCAAGAGGUUUGCUGGUUUUUCAAAGGACAGCAAGGAGCUCGAUGCGGAUGUUCAUCGUAAAUACAUAUUUGGAGGGCACGUUGCAGCCUAUAUGAGGUCCUUGAUGGAGGAUGAGCCGGAGAAGUAUCAAUCUCAAUUCAGUGAUUAUAUCAAGAAAGGGAUCGAGCCUGACAACAUCGAGGAGUUAUUGAAAAAAGUUCAUUCUGCAAUUCGUACCGAACCACUUGCAAAGACGACUGUGAAGCAACCACCAAAAGGGCACAAGAGGUAUAACCUGAAGAAGCUCACAUAUGAUGAAAGGAGGGCCAAGUUGGUCGAGCGUUUGAAUGCAUUGAAUUCUGCUGCUGGAGCUGAUGACGAUGACGAUGACGAUGAAGAGUGAUUCAACUCGGUUGCCUGCAAUUGCAACACUGUAUUUCAACCCAUUCCAUCAUUACAAACCAUUUAGUUUAGGUAAUCCGUAGAUUGUCUUUUUUUUUUUUUUCAGUCUCCCUGAGGCGAUUUUGCAGCAUGUUAAGUGUUAGUUUUAAGCUUGCAGAGUUCCAUUUUGAGAUUCUGAGUUCGUUUAUACCAAUUGCAUCUCUUAUUUUCAUGCUGUUGGCUGUUGGUUGGAUAGAUUGAUUGAUGCUUGUCAGUGAUCUAGUCGUCCCAAAAUUUAGAGCAACUAUCAUUUCCUUU